AAGUCGGCCUUGCGGCGACUGUGUGCGUUUCCGGUUGAGCGGAGGCGCUGGGUCCGCGAAGGUGUGGGCUCGGCGGGUUUCCUAACUGCUCCGGGAAGAUGUUCUACCACAUCUCCCUGGAGCACGAGAUCCUGCUGCACCCGCGCUACUUUGGCCCCAACCUGCUCAACACGGUGAAGCAGAAGCUCUUCACCGAGGUGGAGGGGACCUGCACCGGCAAGUAUGGCUUUGUAAUUGCUGUCACCACCAUUGACAAUAUUGGUGCUGGUGUGAUCCAGCCAGGCCGAGGCUUUGUCUUAUAUCCAGUUAAGUACAAGGCCAUUGUUUUCCGGCCCUUUAAAGGGGAAGUCGUGGAUGCUGUUGUCACUCAGGUCAACAAGGUUGGGCUCUUCACAGAAAUUGGACCUAUGUCCUGCUUCAUCUCUAGACAUUCCAUCCCAUCAGAGAUGGAGUUUGAUCCUAACUCCAACCCACCAUGUUACAAGACAAUGGAUGAAGACAUUGUGAUUCAGCAGGAUGAUGAGAUCCGCUUGAAGAUUGUGGGGACCCGUGUGGAUAAGAAUGACAUUUUUGCUAUCGGCUCCCUGAUGGAUGAUUACUUGGGGCUUGUGAGCUGAACACGGAGCCUGCUACCUUGUUUGAUCUUUACCUAGGAUGUCUGAUUGCCACGCUCCCCUGCUUGUCCGGAGGCCUAGUCUGGCUGUUGUGGGUAGGCAAAGAAGGUUCCUUGUCCCAGAAGACAUCUGGCUCUUCCAUUCCCAGAUUUUGACUGUGUGUUCUAACCAUAAACAGUCCUUGGUUCUCAUUAAAGUGUUAUCUUCUCUC